GAACUGUGUGUGGGGGACCCAAGUCCUGAGCUCAGAGGCAUUUUCUGGCCAGGGCUGUCUCCUCCCUUCUCCUCUGCCUCUGGAAAAGUCUGCAGUGCCCCCAAAGCUCUGGGAGGCAUGUUCAGGACUGCAGCAGCCAUCUCUGUGCACCUGGUGGGGCCCCUUUGGGGAAGGAAGGCUGGAGCCCCACUCACUCGGUGCUUGCACCAGACUCAGGCGGCUGAGAAGAAUGUUGGAUCCCCGGCUCCACAGCCCACCAGCCAUCUGGGACUGGCAAACCCACAGGAACGGAAGGUUCCUCAGGGACCACAAAGCCCAUGCGAGGUCCCUGCUGCUGAAGGGAUUCUGAAGACAGGAGGAGCCAACUUACUUAUCCAGGGUCACCCAGCCAAGCUCGCCAUGGCCAAACAACUGCAGGCCCGAAGGCUGGACGGGAUUGACCACAACCCCUGGGUGGAGUUUGUCAAACUGGCCAGUGAGCAUGACGUCGUGAACUUGGGCCAGGGCUUCCCGGAUUUCCCGCCCCCAGACUUUGCCGUGGAAGCCUUUCAGCACGCUGUCAGUGGAGACUUCAUGCUCAACCAGUACACCAAGGCAUUUGGUUACCCACCACUGACGAAGAUCCUGGCAAGUUUCUUUGGGAAGCUGCUGGGUCAGGAGAUGGACCCGCUCAGGAAUGUGCUGGUGACCGUUGGUGGCUAUGGGGCCCUGUUCACAGCCUUCCAGGCCCUGGUGGACGAAGGAGACGAGGUCAUCAUCAUCGAACCCUUUUUUGACUGCUACGAACCCAUGACAAUGAUGGCAGGGGGUCGCCCUGUGUUUGUGCCCCUGAAGCCGGGUCCUAUCCAGAAUGGAGAAUUGGGUUCCAGCAGCAACUGGCAGCUGGACCCCACGGAGCUGGCCAGCAGAUUCACAUCACGCACCAAAGCCCUGGUCCUCAACACCCCCAACAACCCCCUGGGCAAGGUGUUCUCCAGGGAAGAGCUGGAGCUGGUGGCCAGCCUGUGCCAGCAGCAUGACGUGGUGUGUAUCACUGAUGAAGUCUACCAGUGGAUGGUCUACGAUGGGCACCAGCACAUCAGCAUUGCCAGCCUCCCUGGCAUGUGGGAACGGACCCUGACCAUCGGCAGCGCGGGCAAGACUUUCAGCGCCACUGGCUGGAAGGUGGGCUGGGUCCUGGGUCCAGAUCACAUCAUGAAGCACCUGCGGACCAUGCACCAGAACUCCAUCUUCCACUGCCCCACACAGAGCCAGGCUGCAGUAGCCGAGAGCUUUGAGCGGGAGCAGCUGCUCUUCCGCCAACCCAGCAGCUACUUUGUGCAGUUCCCGCAGGCCAUGCAGCGCUGCCGUGACCACAUGAUACGCAGCCUACAGUCAGUGGGCCUGAAGCCCAUCAUCCCUCACGGCAGCUACUUCCUCAUCACAGACAUCUCAGACUUCAAGAGGAAGAUGCCUGACUUGCCUGGAGCUGUGGAUGAGCCCUAUGACAGACGCUUCGUCAAGUGGAUGAUCAAGAACAAGGGCUUGGUGGCCAUCCCUGUCUCCAUCUUCUAUAGUGUGCCGCAUCAGAAGCACUUUGACCACUAUAUCCGCUUCUGUUUUGUGAAGGAUGAAGCCACGCUCCAGGCCAUGGACGAGAAGCUGCGGAAGUGGCAGGUGGAGCUCUAGCCCUGAAGUCACGCCUUGGCCCCGGCAUCCCCACGCGCCCGCAGAGAUCCUCUCUGAGUGUCUGUCUUUGUCCAGGUUUCAGACAUUUCCAGGUUGGGGAAGAUGCUAUUGGGAAACCUCUUCUCUGUGACACAGAAUGUUCUGGGUGGGAGCCGCCCUUCAUCUUAGAGAACCAAGUGCCUCCUGCCUGAAAGGUGAGGGUGGCCUGACCUGGGCCUCUCCCUGCCCCUCCGUAGGUGGGUUUGUAGGGCCUUGUGUUUCUUCUGGUCUCUCCAGGCUUGGCUGAGACCGACGGUGGAGUCCCACCAUGUAUCGAUCACAUCCAAGCCCUGCAUGACCCCUGCUAAGACCCAGGCAUAACCUCACCUUUCCUGGCUCAUCUUGGCCUUGGGGAGUUGCCUUUAGACUUGAGUCCUCAAGCCACUCCUUUUCGUCCAUAAUAAAACGUUUAAGUUAUUCAAA